AUAUAGUGAACGCGCUUCUUGGGAGCGCCCACAGCAACUCAAAUUUUUACCGGAGUUUUAGAAGUAUGAAGAGAGACUACAAACCUUUUACGUGUUCUCCUUACUACAGAUGCUGUUUUUGCGGUAGGGGAAGGUUUCACUCCUGUAAUACAAUGUCUCCCCUUCCUCUUCUUGAUGGCUUCUGUUUCUGCUAUUUGGAGUAAGUUUUCACCCAUGAGGCUCACCUAAUGAGGAUACCCAGAAUGUCUGUAUUCAAGCAGCAAAAGGUGGAAGACAUUUACGAGAUUGCAGAUGAGCUUGGAAGUGGGCAGUUUGCCAUCGUGAAGCGAUGCAGAGAAAAGAGAACAGGGGUGGAUUAUGCUGCUAAAUUCAUUAAGAAGCGGCAGAGUCGGGCCAGCCGCAGAGGGGUCACCCGGGAGGAGAUUGAACGUGAAGUAAACAUCCUACAGGACAUACAGCAUCCCAAUAUCAUCACCCUUCAGGAUGUGUAUGAGAAUAAGACUGACGUGGUGCUCAUCCUGGAGCUUGUUUCUGGGGGAGAACUAUUUGAUUUCCUAGCUCAGAAAGAAUCCUUAAGUGAAGAAGAAGCUACAAGGUUCAUAAAGCAGAUCCUGGAAGGGGUUAAUUAUUUGCAUACUCUGAAAAUUGCGCACUUUGACUUAAAGCCAGAGAACAUUAUGUUGUUGGAUAAAACCAUUCCUGUGCCCCAUAUAAAGCUGAUUGAUUUUGGUCUGGCGCACAAAAUAGAAGAUGGAGUGGAGUUCAAGAAUAUUUUUGGUACACCGGAGUUUGUAGCUCCUGAAAUAGUAAAUUAUGAGCCCCUUGGACUUGCUGUGGACAUGUGGAGUAUCGGAGUAAUAACCUACAUAUUGCUGAGUGGGGCAUCUCCAUUCCUGGGAGAAAACAAACAAGAGACCCUCUCCAACAUAACAGCUGUAAACUAUGAGUUUGACGAGGAGUUCUUCAGCCACACAAGUGAACUUGCUAAAGAUUUCAUCAGGAAACUGCUUUUGAAGGACACAAGGAAUCGUCUUACUAUCCAAGAAGCUGUGUCCCACCCCUGGAUCACGACCCUCCAGUCCAAAGAAGAAACUAAAGUUCAUGACACUAAGAGAACAGCCAUGCGGAAACUGAAGGCCAAGCGUCUGAAAGAAUACACUAUGAAGUCCCACUCAAGCAUGCCACCCAACAACACCUACGUGAACUUUGAACGCUUUGCACAAGUAAUAGAAGACCUCUCUAGUGCAGAAAGCGGGUUCAGUGUUUUGGCUGGGAGUAAUGACUCCUUACAGGAGGACGUAGAAGCUCUGAUCUCCAUCUACAAUGACAAAGAGACUUGGUACAAGGAGGAGAAUGAGAACAUCAGACACGAACUGUCCCAGCUGCGCUAUGAAUGUCGUAAAGUUGAGUCAAUGAAGAAAACUCUUCACCAAGAUAUUUUCUCAGUGGGAUCGAGUCUUGGAAACCUGUGUGGGAAAUACUCUGACCUACAGUCUCGGUAUGAUACUCUAAGUCAGGAGAUUGCUGAAGACGUUAAGUCUAUCCAGGAUUUAGUAGAUGGCUUCCACGGAGGUGAUGCAGGAUAUAGAGGCAGCAACUUUGCUUCUGUGUUUAACAGAGACCUCAAUGAAUCCCUUAUGGAUCUCCUAAACAGAUCACACAGUGAAGACCUUCUAGAAGGGCUAAACCUUCGAAUCACAGACUUUAGAAUAUAGCAGCAACUUAUGAUAUCUACUGAUCAUGAAGAUGUACUAACUAGUUCAGAUAUAAUUUAAUGAAAAGUAUUUUAGAUUUUGGUUAUCAUUGCCUUGUAUUUAUAAUGUAAAGGGGUAUCUUAUAAAUGUAUAUUUAUUACACUUACACCAAUUGCAAGUCCACAGUCGAUUGCUGCACAGAUUCACGGCGUAUAUUUUCUUAAUGUAUGUAUGAAAAUAUUAAAUAUCUGUGAGCCUAUCUAUUUGUGUUUAAAAAAAGUACUGUAAAAGUAUUCGGUUUAGAGAACAGCCAUAUAUCCUGUACUUAAACAGCAUGUUCUAUUAUUAUGAAAAUUAUGUAUUUAUAAAGGGCCCCCAUAUCCCACAAUGCUAUAAGAGUGAUUGCAUUAUGACAGGGUAAGGUUUACCAGUGACAAUAAAAGGUUGAGUACAGUGCUCAUGACUUAGCAUCUGAUAUAGAUCACCUUGUGCAAAGGAUGUCUACAAGACAUGUGUGCUAAAGAGCUCACACCCUAACUGAAGUAUAAGGGGAACAGAUGAGAACUGAGUUAUUUGAGGUAAGAAAUCUAGAGAAAUAGGUUUACAUAGUUAGUAUGCAUCGCUGAACAGUAAUGUUUUAGGGAACUUUGUUCAAACCUGUUCAAAUUUUAUAUAAACCUUUUACUGUAACUUAUGGAAUGUUGAGUUAUAGUACAGGUACAAAACCAUUUGUCUAAACUGCUAGGGACCAGAAAAGGUUUGGAUUUUGGAAUAGUUUGAAUUAAAAAAUAUUUGUACACUUGCAUCUGUAAAAUGGAAAAGGGAUAAAACCAAUUGAAAAAAGUAAAUUUAUCUGAUAAAUUAUUUUCUUUCUUGGUAGUGAAAGUCCACGAAUUCCAUUCUUACAUAUGGGAAUACAUCACCUGUCCACCCUUUCCUCCCAGUAGUUCAUAUCUGAGGAUAGGGAAAGCAAGUGAAAGAAACAGGGGUGACGAGGUGGAAACUAGGACAGCCGCCAUCAAGAGAAAAAGCAGGGAGGGUUUGUAGACUCACUACCAAGAGAGAAAAUGAUGUAUCAGGUAAGCAUAAAUUUUGUUUUCUUUCUAAUGGUAGUGACAGUCCACAAAUUUCAUUCUUACAUAUGGCAAUCAAUACUCAAAGCUAUGGAGUCCAAAAAUUAUAUGGAUGGAAUUAAAAAACAAGGCAGUUACCUAGUUGGUAGGCACCACCGCCUGUAGAGCUUUCCUGCCAAAAUAUGUCUUUGCAGAGGCAAAGACAUCAAAUUGAUAACAUUUUGUGAACGUAUGAUGAGAAGACCAGGUAGCAGCUUUGCAGAUCUGUUCCACUGAAGCCUCAUUCUUUAAAGCCCAGGACAUAGAGACUGAACGGGUAGAAUGAGCAGUAAUACGAGCCGGAGGAUGCCUUUAACCAAAAAGACAAGGAAACAUCAGUAGCAUUUUGACCCUUGCACUUACCAGAAAAUAGUACAAAUAAGCUUGAUGAUUGACAAAAAUCCUUGGUAGCCUGAAGGUAAAACUUUAAGGCCCUUACCACAACCUCUAUUUAGAAGAACAGGAAUUAGGACACAAGACAGUACAAUGAUCUGCUGAUUUAUGUUGCCUGUCGACAUCACCUUGGGUAGAAAGCCUGUUCUUAGCACGCCCUUAUCCUGGUGAAACACCAAGUAAGGAGGGUCACACUGAAGUGCCAACAAUUCUGAGACUCUUCGAUCAGAAGAGAUUGUCAAUAAGAUAAACACUUUCCAAGAAAGCAACUUAAUAUCAAUAGAAUGCAUAGGCUCAAACAGAGCAUGCUGUAAAACUUUGAGAACAAGGUUAAGGCUCCAAGGAGGAGCAAUAGGUUUGAUAACUGGCCUGAUACUAACCAGAGGACUGAACAUCGGGCAACUGUGCCAACCUUCUGUCAAACAAAACAAAAAGAGCCGAGAUUUGGCUUUUAAGGGAACUAGACGAGAGACCCUUCUUGAGUCCCUCCUGAAGAAAUUGAAGAUUACACAGAAUUUUUACUCUGUGCCACGAGAAACCGAAACCUUCCACACUUUGUGAUAAAUAUAUGCACCACUGUAUAAGAGUGGCAGUUACAGACUCAGAGAAACCUCUUUGAGCUAGAGUCUGAUGUUCAAUCUCCACAUAGUCAGCCUCAGAGAAUCUAGAUUUUGGUAAAAGAACGGACUGUGAGCCAGAAAGUCCACUCUCUGAGGAAGACACCAUGGAGAAGCAAACGACAACCCUAUGAGAUCUUCAUACUAAGUCCUGCAUGGCCACACCGGAGGUAUCAAAAUCGACACUCUCCUUCUUGAUCCGUGCAACAACCCGUGGAAGGAGAACUAUAGAGGGAAACAGAUAAACCAGGCUGUAGUCUCACGGAACCGCUUACACGUCCACCUCCGCCUGAGGAUCCCUUGAUCGAGAUCCGUACCUUGGAAGUUUGAAAUUGAGAUGCAAUGCCAUGAAAUCUAUUUCCAGAGAUCCCCACUGAAGAACAAUCUGUUUGAAUACCUCUUGAUUUAGGAACCAUUUCCCCGCGAGAAGAGCCUGCCAACUCAAGUAGUCUGCUUCUCAGUUCUCCACUCCUGGUAUGUGAAUUGCUGAAAUUUAGGUUAGGAUGUGAGACACUUUCCUCAUUGCUAAUGGGCUGCAAGUCCCCCCCUGAUGGUUGACAUAUGCUACUGCCAUGAUAUUGUCUGACUGGAGUCAAAUAGAACGGACGGAACUCAGUUGGGGCCAUGCUAUAAGGGCAUUGAAGAUGGCUCUGAGCUCCAGAAUAGGCAGAGACACUUCCUGAGGGGACCAAACACCUGGAGCCCCCCCCCCCCCAACCAGACAGGAUGGGUGAAGGAAGCUCAUUCCUUGCCUGAUAGACUUGGGGUCCAUCCACCAAUAUAGGGAGUCCCUGGUGACCGAGUCCAGAUGAAUCACCUGAGACAAAUCCGAAUGAUCUCCAUUCCACUGUCUGAGCAUGCACAAUUGUAGAGGUUGUAAAUGAAAGCGAGCAACCGGCAUUGUGUCUGAUUUAGCUACCAUUAAUCCCACUACCUCUAUACACUGAGCUACCGAAGGGUAAGGGGUAGUUUGAAGACACAAACAUGCUAACUGAAGCUUGUUCGAGGUACAAGGGAACUCUUUUCUAGAUUUAUCUUCCAACCAUGACUCUGAAAAUACCAAAGUAAUUUAUCUGUGUGAGCGACGGCUGACUGCAAAGAUGGAGCUUGAACCAAGGUAUCGUCCAACUAAGGAACCACAGCGAUCCCCUGCAGCCUGACAAACGCUAGAAGGGCCCCUAAUACAGGUAGGGCUGUAAACUGGAAAUGAUUGUCCAGAAAGGCAAAACUGAGAUACUGGUGAUAUUCUUGAUGGAUUGGGAUGUGAAGGUAUGCGUCCUUCAGAUCCACCAUUUUCAUGAAUUGUCCCUGAAGAACAAAAGGAAGAAUAGAUCUGACGGUCUCCAUCUUGAAGGAGGAUACUCUCAAUAACUUGUUUAGAUGUUUUAUGUCCAGGAUAGGGUGAAAGGUUCCUUUUUUAUUUGGAACAACGUAAACUUUGAGUAGAAACCCUUUCCGUUCUCCUCCAAAGGAACUGGAACAAUCACCCCCAUGGACCGAAGGUCCGAAAUGCCCUCCAGUUUGUGACACCCGGGACAAAAGAAACCUGCCUCUUGGAGGCUGAGAUUGGAAACCUAUCCUGUACCUAUCCUGGAUUUGGAGUCGGUCACCGAUUUCUUGGUUUGCUUAUUCUUGUUCCAGACUGGAUUUGGCUUCCAGGUACACCUAAAAGGUUCAGACUUGGUCGAGGAAGGGGUUCUCUGACAUUUGUUCUGAUGAAAGGGCCGAAAGCGACCUACUGUCCUCCCUUUUUGUCUAGCCUUUUUGUUCUGAGGACGGAAGACUCCUUUCCCUCCAGUGACGGUAGACAUAAUGGAAUUCAAGCCUGGGGGCAUACUGCAGUAUCCUAAGUACUAGAGCCCUCCGCUUGAGGCUGUGGACUCAGGACUGAAGAUACAGCAGCAUUUUGAGGGCCAGGGUUUACUGAAUGAGAUUGGAGAACAUAAGAUAAGCAUGAACUGCUGAGCUGAGCCAGUGGACACACAAUGUUUAACUUACAGAAAAGAACUUUAUUUACAUUAAGAAUUAUCUCUAUCCCCUAACCUAAUGGCUCCCCCACAGGAGAAAAGGCAUGCCCACUAGGGACAAAAAUCUACUAUACUUUUAGAAUAUAAAAGUGUGAAAUCUUAGUUAUACAAGUACCUUAUUACCCUGACAAUUGUCAUGCUCCAGAUUAAAGCGUCUCUUACCCCCUCCUGCAGCCUGAAGGAACAGACUAGACGAUCUCUCUGUAGUGGAGUUGCGCAGUAUGUACAGCUGAAUGGGAGGAAGAGGUGGAGUGCACGUCAUGAUUGUCUCGCAGCAUGAAGGAGGUUAACUACCAAGCCACCGCAAGACGAUUGCGCAGUGCUGUUCCACUAGAAAUCAAACAGGACCUGUGGCGCGAAGCAGUCAGAAGAGCUCCGGUAUCAUCUGCAUACCGGAGCUCUGACUGUAUCCUGUUAUGGUCCGUGCUUUUGAUUGACAGUGCAAUAAAGGAAUGAAGGGGCUUGUAUAGCCCAUAACUGUGACAACAAUACAUGUACACUGUGUGAAAGGUAAACACAACCUUAUCCCCAUACACCAGGCACUAGCGCUAAACCCAUGGACACUGUGUCCAUAGCAGCAGAGACAAAUAGUCUGUAUGGCCCCAUAACUUAAGAAAGCCACUUACCCUUCUGCUGUAGGUACAGACAAUCACAAGACAUAGGACCUGCAAUAGUGUGCUAGACAUCAGCUACACUUUCAUUGACAGGCUAGGAUCCAUAUGGGAGUACAGCACUUGCUUUCAGGAGGAGGCUAGGAACUUUCCUGCGACCCCUGUCCUAUACUUAGAAUCUGAGAUAAACAAGGACAGCUGUAGCUACCCUACCCUCUCUUCUAGAAACUAUCCAUUGAGUGUUUUGAAAUUGUAAGAAAUCUUCUGCAGAGCACCUCUAUCUGCCUACCUCCUAGAUGAGGCAAAGAACUACUGGGAGGGAAGGGGAAGUAGGAGGGAUAGUUGAAUGCUUUCGGUGGGUGUCUUUGCUUCCUCUUGGUGGCCAAGUGAUAUAUUCCCAUAUGUAAGAAUGGAUUAUGUGGACUCUUACUACCAUUAGAAAGAAAAACUAUUUCUCAUUUAGGCAAUAUUUACAUGUCAUAAUAUAGCUUAUGCAUACAACUUAAAGGUUGUUUCAUAUAAUUUGUAAUAUUUUUGUAUACAUAGUACCACCAGAAAGAUAGUACAGUAGUACAAUCAGAAAGGCAUAAGUUGUUGUUUUAAAUAAAUAUAGACUUUCAUUUACAUUUUAGAACACAAGAGCAAACCAAAGACGCAACAUUUUUAAUAUUUUUUUUUUUUUUAAAUAUUAAUGAAAAAGUCUGUCUAGAUUUCAGAAUAAUUCUGGAUUUGGGAAUUUGUACCUGUAAUGGAAAUUCUAAUGAUCACACUAAGUAAUAUCCACUAGACAUUAGACAUGUGCAGCCAAGAAAAUGUUUUUCCAAAUAUUCAGUGAAAUUCUUUUCCCCGAAUAUUUGGUGGCUGCACUAUUCGGUAUUCGGUUGGUUUAAAAAACGAAAUGAAUACUGAAUUUUCCUUCAACAUUUACAUUCGUUUUCGUUAAAACUAAGGUAGGUGUUUCAAAGCUACAGGUGAAAAUUUCACCUGUAGCUACGAUACUUACCUUUUAAUGUGCUCUGGAUAGCAUGGAGAUCGUGUUAAGGUAUUAACUGCUUAAUUUUUUUUAUAAAUAAACGAAUACUGAUGAUUCAUUUGGAUUUUCGUGACUAAUGUGCAUUCAUCUGAAAAUGAAUGCACAUCUCUACUAGACAUGUACAUUUGUCAGUUUUGUUAAAGGGACAUUAAACCCAAAAAUGUUCUUUUAUGAUUCUGAUAGAGAAUACAAUUUUUAAAAAGUUUCAAAUUUACUUCUAUUAUCAAAUUUACUUCAUUCUCAUGUUAUUCUUUGUUGAAGAGAUACCUAGGUAGGUAGCGUGCACAUGCCUGAAACCCUACAUGACAGGAAAUAGUGCUGCCAUCAAGUGCUCUUCUUCUGAAAAGUGCAACACACUAAGAUCUGUACAAAUCCAAAUCUGUGUGUUGCCAUUUCGUGUGAAAAUAUCGGGCUCAGAAAAGAGCUGAAUGCCGCAAGAGCAGCCACCUUUUCUCGCUUUUGGCAGGUAAUGAAACUACUGAAUGCACAAGUCUAAUAUCCACAGUGUCUGACUCAGGAAGAUAAAUUGUUAAGAUUAUGGGGUCAAUUUAUCAAGCUCCGUACGGAGCUUGAUGACCCGUGUUUCUGGCGAGCCUUCACGCUCACCAGAAACAGAAGUUAUGAAGCAGCGAGCGGUCUAAAGACCACUGCUCCAUAACCUGUCUGCCUGCUCAUAACCUGACACCCCCUACUAGCGGCCGGUUUUGCACCAGCAGUUCACAGGAACUGCUGAUUCAAUGAUAAAUGCCGACAGAGUAUGCUGUCGGGAUUUAUCGAUGUGCAGCGGACAUGAUACGCUACAUCGUAUCAUGUCUGCUCUCACAAUAAUAAACUGACCCCUAUGGGUCGACAUGAUUUAUACAUAUAUAGAAAUUGUUAGUUUUCCUCCUGUUGGGUAAUGUUCUGUAUAAUACAUUUACAUGUAUCCUCUGGCAACAAACUUAAAUCUGGAUUUGCACAGAUUUUACUGUGUUGCUGUUUCAGCUCUGAAAAUAUCCGGCAGGCAUGUAGGGCCACCUUCUUCUGCAUUCAGAGAUAUCCAAAACCACAGAAUGCACACAUCUAAUGGAAUAAACUUUCAUUAUUAAUUUUGCUCCAUAUUUUAUGUAAUUAAGCUCUGAUAUUGGUUUUCUAAUUCUCAGAACUUUAAAUACACCCUGCAGUCCUUAUAAGCCCUGCUAGCCCUGCUGAAUAUGUUUCCCUAAUUGGUUUUAACUGAUAACAAGUGGGGAAAAAAUCCACUUUAUACUAACAUAAUGACUGUGGAUAACCUUGUUGUCUACAGACUCAAGCCCAGAUUGGCACUUCCAAUUAAGGCAAAUUACAAUUGCAACAAAGAAGAUGUUAAUUUGUUUUAAAAAGUGUUUAGGCUUUGCUGAUAUGUUAUUCUUCAGCAACACAACAGAAAAAGUGUUUACUGUCCUUAAAGAAUAAGUUAGAAAAUGGCUCAUAAAUGACAGGGUUAAACUAUAUCUGUCUUAUAAUUUCAAUCGUUCUUGUCAUUUUCAGUCUGGCUCAUUCCACUGCUCGCAGCAAGCAUAAUGAGAUAUGACACGAUUACCUAAAUGAGCUAUUCAUAAAGCAAACAAAUUCUAAAAGAGAUGACCUUUACUCAAAAAAAAAAUUAAUAAUAAUUGGGGUCAUCCAAUUUAGAAAAGUCAAAUUUGCAUAUUUUGAGGACUCUGGGAAUCUUUCCCAAUGAGUGUUUGUUCCUAUUUUGUGUGAAUAACUAUUUUUCUUUUGUAUCUUUAAAAAGCGUUUUCUAAAAACAAUCAUCUCCUCCCGGCACUGCACAAAAUUAUUUAAAGGGGCAUUGAACACUAAAUACAUUCUAGACAUAAGGAUGUAUUCAAAGCAAAUAUUAGCCUGAAAAAAAUAGGUAAUGUAUUUUUUUUUUUAAUUAAAUUAGUUUUUUAAAUAUUGAAUAAAUAUGUGUAAAAUGUUAGUUAUUGAGGUGGUAAAGUUUAAAAACUGGUGGUAACAUAAAAAUUCACCAUAGAUUUUAAUGGAGAUAAAUAUUUUUACCACCAGUUUCCACAAUCUACCUCAUUAAUGGAAAACUAGGCCUUAGCUGGGAAGUCUGUCUUCACUGUUGUGCAGCACAAGCUUGCAGAGUUAUGCCCUCUGCCGUAGCAUAAAUAGAAGCUGCUCUGUUUCAGGGUAAAUAUGAGAAAACCUCCCUGUCUUUUAACACUUAUUCAUCCAAUAGUUACAUUCACAUCUCUAAACACACCAGUAGCAACUACAACCCUAGCUGUUAUGUCUAUGCCUUUAAGAGAAGCUUGGAACUAAGCAUAUCCAUGGAUGGACCACCCAAAACCCAGAUGGUUAAGCUCCCUGACUGAUGGCAGAAAUCUAUAAUCCAUGUAAACAUACCUGGGAAGAAAUUGACAUAGGAUAAUAGUCAGGUAAGGGUCAAAAAGAGAAAAGUUAUGUGUCUUCCUUAUUUAAAAACUUAAGCCACCAAUCAGCAAGCGCUACCCAGGUGCUAAACCAAAAAUGAGCCGGAUCCUAAGCUUACAUUCCUGCUUUUUAAAAUAAAGAUACCAAGAGAACAAAUAAUGAUAAUAGGAGUAAACUAGUAAACUAAAGUUGCUUAAAAUUGCAUGCUCCAUCUGAAUUAUGAAAGAAAAAAUUUGGGUUUAGUAUCCCUUUAAGAUCCCUGCUAAGUGACAUGAAACCAGAAAUUGGAAAACUGGUAUCACUUCAUCAAGCCUAUCCAUUGGAUUAACAGUCUUUGAGCAGUGAAGUAAUUACUAAAUGGGGUUUAUAAGACAAUUGCACAGUGGCUAGCAAGGCUAACAUCAAAAGAUAAUACAGUUUUAAUAAAAUUGAAGAAAUUCUUUUAAAA